AUGGCUCAAAUGGCUACUUUGACGGAUAAGCAAGCUAAUGAAUACCUGAACGCAAGGCCAACAUAUCCGACAAUAUGGUACAAAGUGUUGGCUGGUCGAACCAGCGACCACAAGGUGGCUUGGGAUGUUGGGACCGGUAACGGUCAGGCUGCACUUGGUGUCGCUGAUUACUACCAAAAAGUGGUGGCAACUGAUAUAAACGAAAAACAGAUCAGUCUUGCAAAGCCGCACCCAAAAGUCACAUACCUUCACACUCCAGCAUCAAUGUCAGACGACGAUCUAGUGGCUAAACUCGGUGGAGAAAACUCCAUAGAUCUCAUUGUAGCCGCUCAAUCUCUCCACUAUUUCGACCUAAAAAGAUUCUAUGCCAUUGUGAGACGUGUUCUCCGUAAAGAAGGUGGUAUAAUCGCGGCUUGGGUCUACAACGACCUCGUGGUCACCCCAAAGGUUGAUGCCAUCAUGAAACGUCUGGUGGAUUCAACAAAACCGUACAGAACUCCAACUAUGAAUUUGGCCUUUGAUGGUUAUAAAGCAAUAGAGUUUCCUUUUAUAAAUAUAAGAUUGGGGAGUCAAGGAAGGCCUAAAGCUCUCGAGAUUCCACAUAAGCUUUCGCUUGAUGGGUAUUUAGGGUUCUUUAAAUCUUGGCAGCCUCUAGUGAAGGCUAAGGAGCAAGGAGCAGAGCUUUUGAAACCUUCGAUGAUUAAUGAGUUUAAGGAAGCUUGGGGUGAUCAGAAUCAAGUCAAGGAUGUUGCUUACAGGGCAUUUAUGCUCGCUGGAAAACUCUAG